AUCCACGGGAGCUUGGCUGUGGGGAGCGGUCUGGGCUGCCGGGCUCUCUUCCAGCCAGACCAGCACCAGGCUCCUCAGCCCGCAGCCCGCAGCCCGCAGCCGGGAUGCUCCUCAGCUUCCGCAGGAGCCGCCGGGGCCAGUUCAAUCACAUCCUCCAUGGCUUACUCCCAGCAGCCAGCAUUGCUCCGAAGCCAGCUGUGCCACGCACACCUCCUCCCCGAAGCCCCAACCCAUCUCCAGAGAGACCCAGGUCUGCUCUGGCUGCAGCCAUCCUGGCGACCACAUUGACUGGCCAGACAGUUGCCAUUCCCCAGCCUCGCCAGAGAUCGCGGUCUGAGAGUGAUGCCUCCUCCGUGGAGAAGGACAGCGUCAUUGAGCCCUACGCCACCACUUCAGAGCUGCGGCUACGGCAUAGCUGGCAGAUUGGGCCGAGAACUUCCUUGCCGUCCUUUGAGACGAUAGGCUACGCGGAGGACGAGGAUGCGGAAACACAGGUGUCGACCAGCUACAGGGAGACCAGCUACAGGGAGUCGGAGUCCAGCAUCAGGAAGGAUGUGGGCCCUGGCAGCGAUGCCGUGUACGCGGUGCCUCACAGGAAACAGGGCCUGUCCUCACAAAGGAUAGUGACAGCAGAUGACGCUUCUGAGCAAGACGGGCUUUCAGACUCCUCCUGCUCCACACCACAGCACACGCAGCAGAAAGAUGGAAAAUAUUCUGUUCUGAAUCUAGAGGAUGAGAAACCAUUGCGCGAGAAGCCUCCUCCCUCCCCAGAUGUAGCUGGUAGAGUCCAUCAAAGAUACGCAGAGAUAACCAAAGAAAAGUUUGAGGAGCUAAAAGAAGAAACGGUGCAUCUCCACGCCACGAACCAUGCCCUCAGCCUUGAACUGAGUGCACUGAGACAGGAAAUGAAGGAGUUGCAGCUGAAGCUCAAGAGGGUGGAAAAAGACAGCAGGAGGCUGAAGGAGGAAGAAAAGCCAUCCUCUCAGGAAGUCAUCACUCCUGAGUUACUAUGCCUAAGGAAGCAAGGCGAAGACCUGGCGGAUGAGAACAAGGCGCUGAAAAUGAUUGUCCAUCGUUUGAACGUAGAGCUCAGUCGCUACCAAACAAAAUUCAGGCCUUUGUCUGAGGAAGAGAGUUCCCAUAUAGAAGGCCUCCCAUCAAAGGGCCCCACACCCCCCUGGCUGGUGGAUGUAAAGUACCUGUCACCACUGUUGCUGGCUUAUGAAGACAGAAUGAAAGAGAAGGACACACUCAGCGCCACCCUGGAGGAAGAAAUGAAAACCUUGAGGAUACGAGUUCAAGAAGUGGUGACAGAAAAUGAAGAAUUGUACCAAGAGUUAAAUAAGAGCAGCCCCAUUACCAGCGAGGAAUGGAGGCAGCUUCAGACACAAGCGGAGCUGGUUCUAGAUGAAAACAAGCUGUUGAUAGAGCAGUUGGAGAUCCAGCAAACCAAAGCCAGGGACACCCAGCAGGAGCACCUCCAGGAAGUUUCUAAGCUGACCAAACAACUUAUGCUCCUGGAGGCAAAGUCUCAGGACCAGGAAAAGCAGCUGAUGGAAAGCAGGGAGCAGCUGGUGGGCUUACAGGCCAGAUGCCAAGAACUCGACACACAGCUGGACAGCAAGAUCACGGUAGAAGUCCACACGGCAGUUGUCAAUGAACUAAAAAGCCAGUUGCAGAAGGAAGGAGAGAAAGCCAGCGCCGAGCUGGAGGGGCUGAUGGGGAAGCUGACCGCCCUGCAGGCGCAGAGGAAGAGCCUGCUCCUGGAGAAGAGCAGCUGGAGCGCCAGGAACAGGGCGCUGGAGGCCGAGCUGGAGCACGCGCGCAAGGCAAACAGGCGAUACCAAAAGAAAAUUGAUGUCCUCAGAAAGCAAGUAGAAAAAGCCAUGGGGAAGGAGAUGUCUGCACACCAGUACCUGGCGAACCUGGUGGGCUUGGCAGAGAACGUCACCAAGGAGCGAGACAAUCUCAAGUAUUUGGCUCAGUGUUUGGAAAGCGAGAAGCAUGGCGUCCUCAACAAAAUCCUGAAAGGCAACAUCCGCCUCGGAAAGCUGGAGGAGAGGGUGAAGGGGUACAAGAAGCAGGCUGCACUGAAGCUGGGGGACAUCCAUCACCGCCUGGUGGAACAGCAGGAGGACUUUGCUGGCAAAGCAGCUCAGUUCCAGAAGGAGAUGAGACACCUGCACCAGCUGCUGCAGGAAAAGCAGGAGGUCCUAGACGAGGCUCUGCAGCAGAAAAGAGAAAUGGAAGGUGAGCUUGAAAUGGUUCUGGAGUCCACUGCCAAGGAAAACAAAAGGAUGCGAGGCCUCCUUCAGGCCACCCUGGAAAGGAGGGGCCCGGAGCACAGCCGAGCUCGCGAGGACACUUGCUUCCGUGGCAUCUCUCAGGGAGACCUGCUGACUGGCUACGACUUCAGCUACGGUGACGUGCAGCCUCCUGCCGCCGCCACCCGCCAGAGCCUUGGGGAGUCUGUGGCGUAGACUGGGGUGUCUGCUUCCCCCGGACUGGUGGGCGGCUGUCUCCAGUCUGACAGGGAGGCCUGUGGAAGCCACUGAGCAUCAUAGGCAAGAAAGAAAUAAACCAGCGCAACAUCA